AUGCCCGAGUGCAAAUUUCCAUCCGCGAAGGAAAUCAAGAUCAUUUUUGAAGUGAUUGCUGCGAUGAAGUCAGAGUUUUACCUGAAUUUUUCAAAGGAGGGGCUUCUCAUCGAUGGAAUGGAUUCAACCGAGUCAAUUCUUGUUAAGGCAUUAAUGAAAGAAGAUGGAUUUCUCCAGUUCAAUCUUGGAGAAAUAAACACGGUGGCAGGAGUAAAUGCAAAAGCGAUGAACUCAUUUCUGAAGACAUUGUCGCGCGAGAAUUCCCUUGAGUUCGACUGCCAUGAAUAUGGAGAUAAAAUGUUCAUCACGACGGUCAACAAGUAUAACGUCAAAACUAAAUUCAAAAUGAACCUCCUGGAUCUAAUCGAUGAGUACAGAUCCGUUCCGCAUAUUCAGUACAGCUGCUCCGUCAGACUCUCGUCCCAGCGCUUUCAAAGGGAUGUACGAGGCUUGUUGAAUGUCAGCGAUAGCGUCAUCAUCACCGUGUCUCAAGAAAAAGUUACUCUCGAAGCCGUUGGCGAAGAAUCAUCUGCUGAUGUGGAAUUACAGAGGAAAGAAACGCGAGCGUCCGAUUAUGAUAUGGAAGACUUUCGAGAAGUUUUCUGGGCGAGUGGAGCGCUAGAAGAACUAUACAAUAUAGAAGCGCAGUCGCAAGUGCAAUUGAAUCAAGGCAGCCAGAAUGAAAUAAAUUCUGCAAUCAAGGAGGAAAGGUUGUCGCUUGAUGGAAAUACCGACGUGUCGGGGCAGGAAUUCAUGGGACAUGGAAGAGAAUCCGAGGCAGAGGCAGAAGAAAAAAACGUUCAACCAAGAAAAAAGAAUCAAAAAUGGUAA